GUCUUCAGCUUCGAAGGGGGCAAGACGAUCACGGCCACCCUCGAGGCAAACCCCUCCCACUUGGAGACCGUGAACACAGUCACGCUCGGCCGUGCUCGGGCAAAGCAGUACUACUUAGGCAACACGGAGGAGUCACGAACUCGAGUUCUUCCCAUCCUCUUCCAUGGCGAUGCGUCCUUCGCCGGUCAGGGCGUCGUCUAUGAGACCAUGCAGCUGGCCCACGUGCAGGAGUUUGACGUGGGUGGCACCAUCCACGUGAUCAUCAACAACCAGGUGGGCUUCACCACGGAUCCUGUGGAUGACCGGUCCACCUUGUACACCUCUGACCUUGGCAAGAGCUUCAAUCUUCCCAUCUUGCAUGUAAACGGUGAUGACCCUGUGGCAGUCACCAGUGCAUUCGAGCUCGCCGCCGAGUGGAGACAGACCUGGCAAACAGAUGUCAUCGUCGAUGUUGUUUGCUACCGCCGCUUCGGCCACAACGAGACGGAUGCGCCAGAGUAUACGCAGCCGGUGCUGUACAAGCAGAUCAACAAGCAUCCGCGAACCGAAGCGGUGUAUGCCAAAAGCUUGGUAGACAGCGGCGCCGCUACUCCACAGGAGCUCGAAGCAAUGAAGUCGUCGAUCUGGAAAGAGCACGAAGCCGCCUUCAAGGAAGCUGACAGCUUCAAGCCCAGUGAGGAAGCCGAAUGGGUUGCCACCAAGUGGGAGGGCUUCGUCCGUCCCACUGACAUGUCCAACUCUCAUCCGACCGGGGUGGACGUUGAGCUGCUGAGGAAAAUUGGAGAGAGGCUUUGCUACACUCCAGAUGGCUUCAAGGUUCACAAUGGCCUCAAGCGUCAGUUGAAGAAGAAGAUGGAGGACUUGGAAGGAGGCGAGACAAUCGAUUGGGCCACGGCUGAGGCAUUAGCCUUCGGCAGCCUCCUUUUGGAGGGCAACCAUGUGCGAAUGAAGGGUCUUUGUGAGACUGGGCCAAUCGUCAAAGAGAGCAAGAGUGAGCCACCGGUCGAUGUCUGUCCGCGUUGCUUUCGCCCUUCGAAGUGA